AUUCCAGCUUUGGCUGGUUUCAGCCUUCGUGUUUCGUGUUUCCAUGAGAAUCGAGUUGCAGCCAGAGCUUGUGUUCAUAAACCAAACAAAGAUCAAAUGGUUAACGACGACAACAAUAACAAUAGCAACAACGCCACCGACGGCUUGGCAACCUUCUCGACGAGCGCCCCUUGCUCGUACCAUCGGGGCCAUGCCAUUUCGAUUAGUGGCCUCAGCUUGAGUCACGAUGGAGGUAGGACACUGUUCCAAUCGACCGACUUGUCGUUGCCUCAUGGCAGCAUCACGGGCAUUGUUGGAACAAAUGGUGCUGGUAAAUCCUCCUUGGCGCAAGUGUUGGCAUCCAAAACCUUGGAUGGAUUUCCGUCUGAUUUGACAGUGGAAUAUUUGGCGGCUGCCGACGAUGAAGACGGUCACCACGAAGAAGAUGCAGACUCAUCCUUGAACCUGUAUCCUCGGGACUACAUCCAAUCUCGACUUCAAGGUCGUCUCGAUCAAUUGCGGCAGACUAUUGAAGAAAUGGAGGCAGUCAUGGAAGAAGCAGUUGUCGAAGAAGUGGAAAGGAUAUCCGAAGAGUUAUCCGAUCUGUAUGACACAGAAGAAGUCAUGGCAGAAAGCCUGGAACGAGAAACUGAUCAAGCCAUGGAACGGGUGGGGCUCAAGGCUCAUGCUCGCAAAAAGCUAGAUCAACUCUCCUGUGGAUGGCGGUACAAAUGCAGACUUAUUGCAGCCGUUUUGACCCACCCUGCCUGUCUCAUUAUUGAUGAACCUUCCUUUCUGGACCGCACUUCUACCGAGUGGCUGAUGGAACAGCUUCAACACUUGGCCAAGACGGACCGAUCCAUUGUCCUACUGAUUUCCCACAAGGAAACACUGCUGGAUGCUCUUUGUGACAGAAUCAUGCAUAUCAACUCGGCCAAUCAAACUCUGACAACCUACAAUUGUGGAUACACUGCCUUUCGGCACACAUUGGAGUCUGAAAUUCAGCACACUACCAAAUCCAUAGAGCAAUCGCAAGACAAUCUCGAAACAGCUGACAAGUCACUGAAGAAGGUUCAAGCCGUGCUGAAAAAACGAGAAGGAAACUUUCGGAAUGAUAUAAAACAUGGUGAGGAUCAACGCUUUAUCAAAGGCAAGAACAAGGAAGCCAAACAGAAGGCGGACAAAUCGGCUGCUUCCAAACUGAAAAAGGCUCAGCAGGUUGUCAAAGAUGCCGAACAAAUAAAGCACAAGGCCAAACGGGAACGCGUCAAACCAUUGCACAUUGAUGGGGUUCCGGCUGCCGAAGGAACUAUAAUCACUCUGCAAGAUGUGGGUGUGCGAUACGAUGGUGACUGGGUCUUUCAAAACGUAGAUACAUCGUUGGAAGCCAACGAUCGGGUGCUCUUGCAAGGCGCCAAUGGUUGUGGCAAAACAACACUUGUCAAAUUGAUUCUUGGUGAAUUGGAACCCACAGAAGGAUCCGUCCACCGAUCCACGCAAAACAUUUUGUACUUCCCGCAGACGGCUCUGCAUCAGCUCUUGCGACAGCAUGGCUCCCAAACUGCUCUAGAAUUUCUACAACCAGCCAAAACCAUGACCGAAACGCAAGCACGACAUCAUCUGGGCGACUUGGGCUUGGCCAAGGAUUUGGCGUUGCAUCACGUCAAGACCUUGUCGGCGGGACAACGGGUCCGUCUAUGGCUCGCUCAUCAAAUAUUGAAGCAUCCCAAGCCAUCGCUGCUCAUCUUGGAUGAAAUGUCGGAGAAUGUGGAUGUUGCAACGAGAAAAUCACUGACGGAAAUGCUCGAGACAUUCCAAGGCGCUGUCCUUGUCAUCUCGCAUGACCCCGACUUUCGCGAUUCAUUCGCCAAGGGCAUGACCAAGACGUGGAAGCUGUGGCGGCAUGGUUUAGAAGUGGCGUACCCAGAAUAAGAUAGUGAUCCAGUUAGAUUGUACCGUACCUGACA